CCGCCGUAAAAGUAAUUAUUCUUAUCCCUAAAGCCGAAAUCGCCCAUCAUGAAGCCUAUCCGCAUCUGGCUUAUCCCCGCUGGCCCGAAUCCCUGGAAGGUGGUUCUCAUUUUUGAAGAACUUGGCAUACCUUACGAGAUCACAUCGAUCAAAUUUGACGAUGUCAAAAAGCAGCCCUAUACUAACAUCAAUCCAAACGGUCGCGUUCCGGCUAUCUACGAUUCGAAUACCGAUAUAACUCUUUGGGAGUCAGGAGCCAUCAUUCAAUACCUCAUUGAGCAAUAUGAUACCAACCAUAAGCUUACUUAUGAUACUCUAAAAGAGAGACAUCAAUUAAACCAGUGGCUUCAAUUUCAAAUGAGUGGCCAAGGGCCAUAUUACGGUGUAUCUGCAUGGUUCAACGUCCUACACCCGGAGAAGGUACCUUCGGCGAUAGCACGCUACAACGACCAGCUAAAGCGUGUUCUUGGCGUCUUGGAUGGAUGGCUUGCGACCCGACAGUGGCUCGUCGGGGACAAGAUGACAUACGCUGACCUAGCUUUCGUGCCAUGGAAUGAUCGCAUCGAUUCUGUUAUCCUCUGCAAGCCAGAGGAAAAAUUUGCAGGAUUCCCACAUGUGCAGGCCUGGCAUGAGCGCAUGAAUUCACGCCCCUCGUGGAAGCGAUGUAUGGAGGUCCGGGAACCCCUGAUGAAGGAACAGGGCUUGGACCAAGAGACGGGAAGACCAGCCCGGUUUAAAACCCACCAAGAAUUUGAAGAAGCAGUUGCCAGAGGAGAGAGUACAGACGCUUAACCCAAGAAUUGAGCAAUCAAUCAAGAAGUUAGGAAAAUAGAAGUGCUCUUAGAUAAAUCUACUCAUCAUCCACAUUACCUAGAUACGAAUCGCUCCAGAGCUACACCACAUAAAAUAUGAAUGCUUGAUAAAUCAUCAUCUUUUCGCAUCAAUUAUAGGGCGCGACAGCAACCCCACUAUUCGCAGUAUACAGAGGCCGCAUAGAGUGCCGUUAAAUUGUGAUAAAUUCUACCGCUCAAAGAUGAACUAUUUAUUACUAUCUAUUGUCUACCUCACAC